AAUAAGUUGUAUUAAUAAGUUUAGUAUAUUGUGGCCGAGAAUUCUCCCGUGUCUUGCUCCUCCCUGGCCAUGGCGACCUCCAGCCGAAGUGAAGAUCUUUUAGGCCAGAAAUGGGACCGAUGUGUGGCAGAUACGCUCAUCAAAAUUGGAGGAGGUCUCACUCUGGGAGUUGUCUUCUCAGCUAUAGUAUUUAAAAGACGACCUUGGCCUUUGAUUUUUGGAAUGGGAGCUGGUAUGGGAAUGGGAUACUCCAACUGUCAACAUGAAUUUAAUGAGCCUUUCCUUGUCAAAGCAGAUAAGAUAUUAUGUUCUUUUGUCUUUCAGGUGAAGCCAAAGUCUCAAGGCAACUCAGAGCAACCUGCAGCUGAGGCAAACUGAUGCAAUGACACAUUAUGCAUUUAUCUGUAUAGUGCGAUUUUCAGUUUUACCUUCAGUUGUAAGGGUUUGUCAUUCUAGAUGUACAAAACUGUCAAAUGUAUAUAAUAGUUAAAGUUUGUAAUAAGUAAUGAAAGUGUAAAACUGUGAAUAGAGUGAGUACAUACAUGAUGUUAAAACGGAUGGAGUUUGUAGUCUGCAGUAAUUAAAGUAAUUGGAACACUUAAGUGAAUGCAUUCCUGAUAAUAUUUAUUUGUACUUAUUUCUAUUACAUCACAUAGAAAAGUUAUCAUUAUUAUGUAACUUAAUAUGUAUCACAAACAAGAGGUUGAUGCAUCCCUGAUGUGUUCAGAUAACUUGUGACAUUACAGAAUGGCACACUUUUGAUGGCAACAAAAUUGACACAGCUUCUGUUCCAUGGUGGAAGUAAAAUGGGCACUGGGGAAAGAAAUAUCCAUCAAUAAUAAAAAUAUAUCCUUCA